UCAAUCGGUCCGCUUUGCCAUGGCGACAUAAAGCCUGAGAACGUUCUGCUUACUUCAUGGGGUUGGCUUCUCCUUGCCGACCCGGCCCCCUUCAAGCCUGCUCUCUUGCCAGCCGACAACCCAAGCAGCUUCACAUACCUCUUCGAUACAGGCAGCACGUCGCGGCGACACCGUGUGUGUUGCCUUGCCCCGGAACGCUUUGUCACAGAUGAGACUUGGCCAUCUAUUUCUGUCACAUCACAGGUAA